UUCUAUAUAUAUUAUUAAUGUUCGACUUUCAAGGAGCCUCUGUUCAAUAACAUCAACGAAGCUAUUCAAUAUAUAGUAAGGAAUCAAUGUACAAAGGCAUUUUGUUAUUUUAAGUAAAUUGACUAUUCAUGAAGUAUCGAAGUUUUGACGCAUCUCUAAACUGGCCGCAUAGUGGUUGGCAAAUUUGCAGGCGCGUACUUAAAUAAACUUUUUAGUUUCGAGAUUAUAAACCGCUUGAGGAUUAAAAGCUUUAUAUAUUAACUGUUUCUUAUUGCUAAUAAAAAUAAAAAAAAAUAGAUAUAUAUACAUAUAUAUAUUUAUAAUCCACGCACAAACAUUCAUAACACUACAAUUACAAAUCAUCCACGUCGAAGAAAUGGGAGAUGAUUGGGUGGGCAAAGCUGUUUCUAUAGAAUGCGACGCAAAACUCGGUGUUUUCCAAGGUGUGAUAAAAGACAUAUCUGAUUCGGUGAUUACUAUUGUUCGUGCAUUUCGUAAUGGUGUGCCAUUAAAAAAACAAUACGCUGAGGUGACAUUACGGUCAUCAGAUAUUGUCAAUAUUUGCCUAAUACCAACUUUUAAUGGACACAGUACAUACAUAACGACAGAUUUAAAAAAGCCUACGUCCGUUAAACAGCCAAACUUUGCAAAUGCUGGAAAAUUUGCACUUUCCUUACCUCAAAACAAUGUUAACUCCGAAAGGAAUCAAGCUUCAUCAUUGCCCAAUAAUGCGUAUCCCAAGCCGGGAAAUUCCAUGAGCGAACUAACCAAAAAAAUAUCAAAAGUGAAAAUUGACACCGACACAUCAUGUAAAAAUUUUCAAAGUUUGGAUAGUAAGGCAAGUAAAAGUGGGAACAUGCCUUAUAAUACUAGUGUUAAAGAAUUUUUCGGAAACUUGCUACCACCAAAAGUCGAAGCACGUUUGGGUUGCUCACAAUUUCCCUCAUCUCCUCAUUCUGUUAAUGUGUACGAUGAUAACUUUGAAGCUGUAAAUACAUAUGGUGAAGAAGCAGGCACUAGUUCCAAACCGAUUGAUAUAAAAACGAAGGGAAACAUUUAUGGAGCAAGUGGGUUUCCAAAGGCUCCAGAUAUUUCCGGUAGCGGAAGUGUAAAUAAAUUUCGAAAUAGUGCUCCUAAUAAUAAUGGUAGUAAUCGUAAGCAACGAAAACAACGUAAAGAUGCUAAUAUGAAACAUAGCCAAACAUUCGGUACCUCUGUGGAUGAUCCCCUAAUACAUGAAGAUUUUGAUUUUGAGGGCAACCUAGCACUUUUCAAUAAGCAAGCUAUUUGGGAUAUAAUUGAAGCGGAACAAAAACCAGAUUUAGUGCGACAAACUUCAGUGUCAAUGAAAAAAUAUAGACAUGACGAGAAUAUAUUAGUAAGUGAACCCGUAAGACUGCGACAAAUUGAAAAUAUAUUUGAUGGCUCAACGGAUUUUGUUACCGAUGAAGGACUUAUAAUACCAACAAUUCCAUCGUUUGUUCGUGCGAAAAUUGAAAGUCUUGCCGAAAAAGAGGGACUUUCAGUACCAAGGCAACUGGACAUAUUAGCAAGAGGAGUUACUGAUCUCGCCAUAUCACUUUUAGGGGGUGCUAGAAGACUAACACCCACAAAUUACCACCAGUGGCCAAUUAUUGUCAUAUUAUGUGGAAAAUCAAAUAACUUAAGAAAUAGGGAUGUCGGUGCUGUGACUGGACGACAAAUGGCGUCUCAUGGGCUAAAAGUGUUACUUUAUAUGGAAGACAAAAAUAUAAAUGACAAAAGCAAUGAAAUUUCCCUCUUCAAAGCAACGGAUAAUGUUAUAGUUAACUCAGUUGAUGAAUUGCCUACACCGGAUCUGGUAAUAUUAUCUACAGAUUCAAAUGUUUUAACCGGCAAAGUAAGGAAAUGGUUAAGCGAAAAUAGAGCAUCUGUACUUGCCGUGGACCCUCCACCUGAUGGUAUUAAAGAUGUUAGCAUUAAAUAUACGAUCUUGCCGAUAUUACCCUUAAAUGGCAUUUCAUCAAAUAACUACGGGAAAUUAUAUCUGUGUAAUUUGGGCAUACCGGAUAAAUUUUAUCGAGACGCUGGGAUUAAAUACAAAAGUCCCUUCGGCCACAAAUUUGUGAUACCAAUACAUUCAAAGGAUUGAAGAGAUCAAUUAAAUUGGAUGUUCAAAUAUUUACAUAUGAGAACAAAUUUUAUUAUUAGAAAGAAUAUUCCCCUCAAGAACUGUUUAAGGAAAACUGAAAAAAUACUCCAGUAAACUUGUUUUCCUAUUAAAAGCUGAACUGUAUUAUGUUACUAAAAUCAUUAGCAAAUUGGUAUAUUUCUUUCUAAUUGAUUAAUAAUUUUUCACCUUGUGGAUCUAAAAUAAUUUUUUAAUUUCUGAAAAACAAUGUGCAUUUCAAAUGCUUUUAAUAUUAAAUUUACAUAACUUGACAAUUAUAAAUCAGUUAAAUAAGCAAAAUUCAAAGAAAUACUACACACAAAGAUACGGAGUCUAUAUAAUAGCCUUUAUGUUUCUACCAAAAUUAUUAAAUUUUCUUUCAUUUGUCAAAUAAAAUUGUCCACAUUGUCAAAAACAGC